GCCGCUYCCAUUCCCGGCGCCCUCCCGUCCAUGGAUCACCUCCCGCCAUGAGCACGGAGGCCGAGCAGCUCCUGGCGAGCGGAGUCCCCCUCUGGAGCGUCUCCAGCUGGGCCAGCUCCGAGCCGCCCGCCAACAGCAGCGAGGCGGGCCGGUCCCCGGCGGCCCCGGAGCGCGGCGGCAACGCGGCGGAGAUCGCGGGCAUGGUGGCUCUGCAGUUCACCUACGGGCUGGUGUGCCUGCUGGGGCUGCUGGGCAACGCGCUCGUCAUCUUCGUCAUCCUGCGCUACGCCAAGAUGAGGACGGCCACCAACAUCUACCUGCUCAACCUGGCCAUCGCCGACGAGCUGCUGAUGCUCAGCGUGCCCUUCGCGGCCACGGCGGCGGCGCUGCGGCGCUGGCCCUUCGGCCGGGCGCUCUGCCGGACCGUGCUGGGCGUGGACGGCCUCAACAUGUUCGGCAGCGUCUUCUGCCUGGCCGUGCUCAGCCUGGACCGCUACAUCGCCGUGGUGCACCCGCUGCGCGCCGCCUCCUACCGCCGCCCGCGAGUGGCCAAGCUGGUCAACGGCGCCGUGUGGCUGCUGGCCCUGCUGGCGGCCUCGCCCAUCCCGGUGUUCGCCGGCACGGCGGUCACCCGCGACGGCCGGGCGGUGGCCUGCGACCUGCUGUGGCCCAGCCCGGCGUGGGCGGCCGCCUUCGUGGCGUACAGCAGCGUGCUGGGCUUCCUGCUGCCCGUGGCGGCCAUGGCGCUGUGCUACCUGCUGCUGGCGGCCAAGAUGCGGGCGGUGGCGCGGGGCGUGGGCUGGCGGCAGCGGCGGCGCUCCGAGGGCAAGCUGACGCGGCUGGUGGUCACCGUGGUGGCCGCGUUCGUGGUGUGCUGGCUGCCCUUCUACGUGGUGCAGCUGCUGAGCCUGCUGCUGCCCGGCCGGCUGGACGCCAGCGCGCACAACGCCUCGCUGCUGCUCAGCUACUCCAACAGCUGCGCCAACCCCAUCCUCUACGGAUUGCUCUCCGAGAAUUUCCGCCACUCYUUCCACGGCGUGCUGCGCCGCUGCCGCCACUCCGGCCUGUGCUGCUGCCGCGCCGGCGACGGCGACGGCAGCGACGACGAGGACGAGGAGGAGCCCCUGGAUUACUGCGCUGCGCCCCGCGGCGACGGCAAGGGMUGCGUGUGCCCGCCCCUGCCCUGCCCGCAGGACCCGCUGCGGCCACAGCCCUGCUGCGCCCCCGGGGCCCUCCUCCCCAAAACCACCCCCUUCUAGGGGAUCCCGAAGUUCUGAAAGGGGUGAAAGGGGAUCCCGGAUGGAGAGGGCCCGGCACGGCCGCUCUCCGAAAUAAAAAGCCAUAAGACUGGCCUGGGAUGGAGUGAGUUCCAUGGRCUGAGUGGUUAUUGCCGUUAUCCCGGCGCCCGGGAGCCUUCRUCGGGGAUGGGG